AUGGAGGAAUAGCUUGGACAACUAAGACUUGAACAAAUGAUGUAGGAAUUAAAUAAUCAUGCUAAUUGUAAAAGUUGGAAUACUUAUUGUUCUGUGAAUAGUGGAAAUAAUGGAUGUGAAACAAUGAAACCAAUGUGCUCUAAAUAAGCUUCUGCUAACUGUCUUGAAGGAAAAUUUAUUGUUAUAAAUUCUGCUUGCAUAAAAAAAACAUGCGAUACUGCUGCUGUAAGUACUAUUUUUGAUACAGAUGAAAAAUGUUCAACUUAUUAAUAGUAAUACGUUGUUGCAAGAAAAGUGGGUUGUUAAGCAAGAGCUGCUUGUACUUUUUACAGAUCUUAACUUUAAUGUGAAUACAAAUGUUUUUGGGACCAAACAAAUAAAACUUGUGUUGAUUUGAAUUGUGGAAAUAUUGAAGCAACAUCUUCUUUUGAUUCUCAUAAUAAAUGUGUUACUGUUGAUACAACUCUUGCAUGCACAGUCAGAGCUACAAAUGGUACUGCAAUUGCUGGCUGUAUGUUUAAAUGGUAUUGUUUGUAUUCCAAAAGCUAACUGCUCAAUAUAUAAAACUAAAAAAGCAUGCAAUUCAGGUGGAUUAGAUGA